GUCUAAGCAUCAAACAAAAUCCUUGGCUCCCCCCGAAUCUAGCUUUCUCCCUCUCUCUCUCGAUGGAGAAGAAUCAAGCAAGCCUUCUUCUCCAGCAACAGCUCAAACAUCUGUGCAAGAACCCGGUUGAUGGUUUCUCUGCUGGUCUCGUCGACGAGAGUAACGUCUUUCAGUGGAGCGUCUCGAUCAUGGGUCCUCCCGAUACUUUGUAUGAAGGGGGAUUCUUUAAUGCAAUUAUGACAUUUCCAGAGCAAUAUCCUAACCUCCCACCAACUGUGAGGUUCACCUCGGAGAUGUGGCAUCCCAAUGUUUAUUCUGAUGGGAAAGUUUGCAUAUCGAUUCUUCAUCAUCCUGGCGAUGAUCCUAAUGGAUACGAGCUUGCCUCUGAACGUUGGACACCUGUCCAUACGGUAGAAACCAUUAUGUUGAGUAUCAUAUCCAUGCUCUCGAGUCCAAACGAUGAGUCACCAGCGAACGUGGAAGCUGCAAAAGAGUGGAGAGAGAACAGAGCAGGGUUUAGGAAGAAAGUGAGUCGCUGUGUUAGAAAAUCGCAAGAGAUGCUAUGAGCCAUCUCUUCUUGGCGUUUUUAUGUGUUGUAGAAAUUUCGAUCCUAAGCUAAGAGAGAGAGAACGUAAGUAGCAUCAAUCAUCAAGUAGCAGGCGGAUGAAUCUGUGUGCUCAAAAGCUUGUUUUCUUUUUAUGGUUUUGGAGAUGGCUUUAAGGUUUGGAAUAUUGUGGUGGAAUCAAAUCAACUCCACCUUUUAGGAUUAUAAUCUUACUCUCGUUAAUGGAUUCGUUUUCACAUUCCUUUUUUAAUUUGUUUAUCUGA